AAGCCGCCACGGCCCGCCCCUGUGAACUCGUCGGGAGAGGGGCGCGUCGCAAAAAGUCGCGGCGGAACCUCCCUGCGGUGUACAGAGUUGUCGCUUUACGGUUCCAGGCGCCGCCGGGCUGGGAGAUGUCGGCUGCGGGCUCUGGGGAGCCCCUGGGUCCUCCCCGCAGCUUUGCGAAGCGGGUCCUGGUGACCGGGGGUGCUGGUUUCAUUGCAUCACAUGUGAUUGUCUCUUUAGUAGAAGACUAUCCAAACUAUAUGAUCAUAAAUCUAGACAAGCUGGAUUACUGUGCAAGCUUGAAGAAUCUUGAAACCAUUUCUAACAAACAAAACUACAAAUUUAUACAGGGUGACAUAUGUGAUUCUCACUUUGUGAAACUGCUUUUUGAAACAGAGAAAAUAGAUAUUGUACUGCAUUUUGCUGCACAAACACAUGUAGAUCUUUCCUUUGUACGAGCCUUCGAAUUUACGUAUGUUAAUGUUUAUGGCACUCAUGUUUUGGUAAGUGCCGCUCAUGAAGCCAAAGUGGAGAAAUUUAUUUACGUUAGCACAGAUGAAGUAUACGGAGGCAGUCUUGAUAAGGAAUUUGACGAAUCUUCACCCAAACAACCUACAAAUCCUUAUGCAUCAUCUAAGGCAGCUGCUGAGUGUUUUGUACAGUCUUAUUGGGAACGAUAUAAAUUUCCAGUUGUCAUCACAAGAAGCAGUAAUGUUUAUGGACCACAUCAAUAUCCAGAAAAGGUUAUUCCAAAAUUUAUAUCUCUACUGCAACACAACAGGAAGUGCUGCAUUCAUGGAUCAGGGCUUCAAACAAGAAAUUUUCUUUAUGCUACUGAUGUAGUGGAAGCAUUUCUCACUGUCCUUAAAAAGGGGAAACCAGGUGAAAUUUAUAACAUUGGAACCAAUUUUGAAAUGUCAGUUCUCCAGCUUGCCAAAGAACUAAUACAACUGAUCAAAGAGACCAAUUCAGAAUCUGAAAUGGAAAACUGGGUUGAUUAUGUUAAUGAUAGACCUACCAAUGAUAUGAGAUAUCCAAUGAAGUCAGAAAAAAUACAUGGCUUAGGAUGGAGACCUAAAGUGCCUUGGGAAGAAGGAAUAAAGAAAACAAGUGCACAUUUUUUUACUCUUUUCAUAUCCUUGAAAGUUGAAUGGUAUAGAGAGAAUUUUCACAACUGGAAGAAUGUGGAAAAAGCAUUAGAACCCUUUCCAGUACAGCCAUCAUUUGUAUAGUCAGGACAGUUUUUGGAAAAAGAAGAAAAUUUUCCUACCUCGACAAGUGAUGUAUCAUCAAGGGACCAAAUGAAGUGUCUUUUCAUUUGGAAUUACAUUUGUGACUUUUUGUACAAAAUCUAAAUGCAAUAUGCCUCAAUAUUUAGAAGAGUUUUAGUAUUGGCAUAGAAUUUAAAUGUCAAAAUUCUUUCAAAAACCUUUUCUCCUAACAAUGUGGAACCAGUAGAGAUAGAAAGACUCUUCCAUAGGAGUAGACCGGGAAGGGGGAAUCUUCUGGUUCUCAGAACAAGGACAAAUAGCUCUGGGCAGCUGACAGCUUUGCUGGCAUUGAACUCAGCUUCCCAACCUUUCCCGUUGCCUGGAAGGUCUGUAAGUUUUCAUUUUUAGGCAACAUAGGAAGAGCCUUAUGCCCUAAUUCAUCUUUUUUGAAGGUAUGGUAUUAUGCUACAAUUGCUUUAAAAAUGGAACAAAGUCAAAGCACUUUUUAACUUUUGAUAAUUUUGUAAAACCUAUUAAGUUAAAUUUUUUUUAAAGAAGGACAUUGUUUUUGUAUUUUCAAAAUCAGUCAUUUAACUAUGUAUAACCUCGUAUCAGAGAAAUUCCAUCAUGUAUUUGCUGUUUAAAAUGAUUUUAUUUAUAAAAUUAUCAGUAUUUUAAUGUAUUUAAUAUAGAUUAUGGCUUUUUUUAAUAAUGUGUGUUUUUAUUUCACUGUAGAAAAAGUUUUAAAAUACUUGAUUAUAUAGUUUGAAUUCCUCUUUCCCUUAAAGAGUUUAAGACGAUUUGAAAAAGUAACUGAUUGGAUACUGCGUUGAGAAAGGUAAAAGAGACAAAGAUUAUGUCCAGCUUUCUGGCUUCAGCGCAUGACUGAUGGCUUGUUUUCUCUGUAAAGUAGGAAGCAAGGUCAGUAACUCAGAGGUGGUUGAGGGAGGGGAUAGCAGUACAGUAAGGAUCUUGAGGCUGUGGAGAUUGGGAAAAGAGUAAGCAGAUCCAAAAUUAGAGGAUGUGCCAAACAGGAAUGAAGCACAAACUGAACUUGAACACUAUGACUUCAAAAUUCUGAGAUGUGUAAAAGUAGUUAGAUUGAGCUAGAAUUGGACAUAGUGUGCAUCAGGAGGGACUAGCGAGUGAGAUUAACGAAAACGAUGCUCCGUUGGUCUUAGUUGUAUAGGGAAGAAAAUGCCUCUUGGAGGUAGCCUGUAGCUCUAGAGAAAAUGGAGACAGGGAGUGGGCAUAAGGGAGGGGAGGUGAGAGCUCCUGGAGGCUAGGGAGUUAUAGGCAGAAAAUGGGACCAACUGAGAGCAAAUGGUCUUUGGUGGAAUUUGGUCAUUGAGGUUAGAUGACAAAAUAAAAACACUCUAUGUCAUUUGUUCUGUGUCAUAUUUUGGGGUACACUUUUAUUUCCAAUUUUAAUAUACUGUAUGACUUACCUUUACUGUUAGUCUGAUCUCAGGAGAUGAUCUUGACAGGCAUUAGGAACAUAUGGACAACCAGUUUGUUAAAAAAAACAA